AGCCCGCCGGAUAUACAUUAGAAGAAGAAGAAGAAGAAGAAGAAGAAGGCGAAGAAGAAGAAGGCGGCUAACCAACCGGACAGCUGUAAGUAGAAGAGGAAAUCCUGCGGUUAACAGCAAGGUCCUGCACCAUGUCUAUUGUCAAGAUCCACGCCAGAGAGAUCUUUGAUUCUCGUGGAAACCCCACUGUAGAGGUUGACCUUUACACUGACAAAGGCCUGUUUAGGGCUGCUGUACCAAGUGGAGCAUCUACUGGAAUCUACGAAGCCUUGGAGCUCCGGGACAAUGACAAGUCUCGCUACCUUGGGAAAGGAGUCUCACAGGCUGUAGAGAAUAUAAAUUCAACUAUUGCACCUGCACUUGUUGGCCAAGAUGUAUCUGUGGUUGAGCAAGAGAGAAUUGACCAGAUGAUGAUUGACAUAGAUGGCACAGAGAACAAAUCCAAACUUGGAGCCAAUGCCAUCUUGGGUGUGUCUCUGGCUGUUUGCAAGGCUGGCGCAGCAGAGAAAGGAGUCCCCCUGUAUCGUCACAUUGCUGACCUUGCAGGACACACUGAGGUCAUCUUGCCUGUGCCGGCCUUCAAUGUGAUCAACGGUGGCUCUCAUGCAGGCAACAAGCUUGCCAUGCAGGAGUUCAUGAUCCUGCCCGUUGGUGCUAGCACCUUCAAAGAGGCCAUGCGCAUUGGAGCCGAGGUCUACCACAAUCUCAAAAAUGUCAUCAAGAAGAAAUAUGGACAGGAUGCCACCAAUGUGGGCGACGAAGGUGGUUUUGCUCCAAACAUCUUGGAAAACCAGGAAGCUCUGGAAUUAAUAAAGGAGGCCAUUGCCAAAGCAGGAUACACAGAUGAGGUUGUGAUCGGCAUGGAUGUGGCAGCAUCUGAAUUCUACAGGGAGGGAAAAUACGACCUGGACUUCAAGUCUCCGGAUGACCCGAGCCGUUACAUCACUCCUGAUGAGCUGGCUGAUCUCUACAAGAGCUUUGUGAAGGAUUAUCCAGUGGUUUCCAUCGAGGAUCCCUUCGACCAGGACGACUGGGCGGCCUGGACCAAUUUCACUGGAAGCACAGACAUCCAGGUUGUUGGAGACGAUCUGACGGUGACCAACCCCAAUCGCAUCAGCAAGGCUGUGGAGGAGAAAGCCUGCAACUGUCUGCUGCUGAAGGUCAAUCAGAUCGGCACGGUUACUGAGUCUCUGAAAGCGUGUAAGAUGGCACAGGAGAAUGGCUGGGGUGUGAUGGUCAGCCAUCGCUCUGGUGAAACUGAGGACACCUUCAUAGCCGAUUUGGUGGUUGGCUUAUGCACUGGACAGAUCAAGACUGGGGCACCUUGUCGCUCUGAGCGUUUGGCCAAAUACAACCAGAUUCUUCGAAUUGAAGAGGAGUUGGGAGACAAGGCUCAUUUUGCUGGAAAAAACUUCAGAAAACCAUUGAUAGAGUAAAUGAAUGAGGCUUUUACUUCACAUACAAAUGGAUUCACAGACACAAAUGCAUAAAAACACCUUGGAUAAUGAUGGAAAACAAUUGAGCAAUAAUAACUAACGUAGAACUAUUCACAUACUAACCGUGGAAGUUAAUUUAUAGACAUAACAUACUGUAGUUACUGGAAUUGUGACACUUUACAAUCAAGUCUUCAACUGUAUUCUGAUUUGUUUUUUAAUGUGGAGUAAAAAAUAGAUCUAAUUAUAGCUUGAGAAAUUUUUAUUUACAGCACUGACUAAUUGUAAUCGCAUAAGUUGCACUUGGAGACAGUUAAUAAAAAGAAGUUUUCUUAGUGAA